AUGUCCCCAAGGUCAAGAUCAGCAGCUGGCUCCCUCUGCUCUAUUCUUCUUCUCUCAUCAGCUAUUGUCAGCGCUCAGAAUGAGGAAUGUCACAUUUACAUCGAUCCCUGGAAGUACGACCUCAACACUACAAGAGGAGACCACUCCGUUGAGCGGACAAGAGUGACUCCGCCAAGUACCAUCCGGGAAUCUGUGCGAUUCAAUUUGUGCGACGAACUGCAACCGCUGGACGGCGUGGCCUCGGAGGAUCAGUGUCCGACCGGAACCAAAGUCUGCUUAACGCAAACAAACAUCAAGACAGACCAGGUGGACCGUGUGAUCUCUGUCAUACCAAUUGCAGAGACAUCUGGCCUAAAUCCCGAGUUCAAAUCCCUGAGUGCACCUAAUAAAGGCUUGAAUAUUAUCUACCACGGAAAUCCAUACCCUUCACUACCGUCUGCCGACCCAAUAUCACAAUUGUUCAACCUGACUCUCCACUGUGACACAGAAACGAGCCCCAUAAAGUUUCAAUCGUAUGAUGGUGUUUCACUGAACCUUGAAUGGUCUGCUCCUGCCGGUUGCGAAUUCAAGGGACCAGAUGGUACGCCGCAAGACGACGAAACUGGUGGUGGCGACAGCGACAGUGGAGAUGAAGGGAAGGAGGCAGAGUCCGUGGGCAGUGGGGUCGGAUGGUUCCUCUUGGUCCUAUUGCUGGCGUUCAUCGGUUACUUUGCACUGGGUGCAUACUACAACUAUACGACGUACGGGGCGACAGGCAUGGACCUAAUUCCACACCGCGACUUCUGGAGAGAAGUGCCGUUUAUGGCCCGAGACGUCGUGUCUCACCUCUGUGGCUCUUUCAGACCACGCCAUACUUCCAGCCGGGGAGGCUACAUAGCCGUCUGAUAGGGGUUUCUUGUGUGCUCCUUGGGUUAUAGAUGGUGGCGCCGUGGCGGCAGAGUCGGGGACGGAUUCAUUGGGACUGACGCUUAGUAUAUUAGUUUUGAUUUCUCGUUCAUGUUACUGCUAUUUGGAUCUCUCGAUUGUUAUCGACGGUCAACAACCGUACUCUACUCC